AUGACGAGCGACGACCAGUUCUUUUUCGACUACCUUGCCUCGAUCCCCCAUGACGUAAGGCGUUACUCGCUGGAGGUUGCGGACUCGAUCGAUCGACAGGUCGACCACGCCGCUGCUGUGGUUCGCGAGACGCUCUCGCAGCAGAGCUGGCUGCCGUCUUCCAUCCGACCGUCGCCGCGAACGUGCGGGCAAGUCGGGCCAUCGUCUCGGUCGCGGGAUUUCGGGGAUCGGGUAUACGAGUGGAUUCUGCGGAAUCGGGCGUGGACGGCCGCCAUCUUUGCCUUCUUCGGAACUACGUGUGUGCUAUAUUAUGGAGGCAAGAAGCUGCACGGGAAGCGAAGGAAGGCGAGGAAGGCCGGGAAUGGCGCUCGGAAGGAGAUUGUCGUCAUCGCCGGGUCGCCGCAUGAACCCAUGACACGGUCGAUUGCGACGGACUUGGAGCGCCGAGGAUAUAUCGUCUAUGUGAUUGUGUCGUCCGUGGAGGAAGAGCACAUGGUGCAAGCAGAGAACCGGGCGGAUAUCCGUCCUCUCUGGCUUGAUUUGACGCAGACGCCCUCACCUUCUGAAAUCCAUCCGUCAUUGCUCGGGAUCCGCUCUCUCAUCACUCAAGCCCAGUCACCCAUGCCCGGCGUGCCGCCUCACAUCUGCCAACUCAGCGGCCUGGUCAUUAUUCCCUCGGCACACUACGCCGCGGGCCCCGUUGCGACGGUCCCAGCCUCCAGCUGGGCCGACGCGGUGAACACCCGGAUCCUCUCUCCCAUCCUGACGACGCAACUGUUUCUCCCGCUCCUCACGCUACGCAGCUCAAGCAGCAGCAUCGUCGUCGCGUACCCGUCCAUCUCGUCGUCGCUGGCUGCCCCCUUUGCCGGACCGGAAGUGGCGACCGCACGGGCUCUGUCGGGCUUCGCAGCCUCGCUGCGCCGGGAGCUCCGUCUCGUCCAGCAGGGGAACGUCAGCGUGGUAGAAGUGCGGCUGGGCAACGUCGACCUCGGCGCGCAGUACCGCCCGCUACAGAAUCAAGUGGCGGGGACGGAGGUGCUCGCCUGGAGCACGCAGCAACGAGCCCUGUACGGGGCGCAGUACCUGUCUAGCAUUGAGCAGCGGCCCGUGGCGUCUGCAGGCCCGCAGAGUGUGCGGGGCUCGUCGGCCCGGACACUACACUAUGCGAUCUUUGACGCGCUGGAACCGCCUGCGAAGAACCUGUUCGGGCGCAAAAAGGCCAAGCAGGCCGUGCUGUACGUGGGGACGGGCUCGCGCACGUACAGUCUGAUCGGGCAGUGGGUGCCGGACGGACUGGUGGGAUGGAUGCUUGGGCGGCACCGUGUGAAUGGUGAAAGUGAUGGUAGUUGGGAGAGAGUAUAGCUAUUAUAAUAUUGAUCUUCUUUUGGUAUCCGACAUUAUAGUAGAUGUAUGCCAACGCAUGUAUCACGUUAACAUGAGAUAUGAUAUAUAUGAUAUCAUUACAUGCAUGGUAUUAAAAAUAAGACUUUUCCUGACCCGCCUCGAGAUUCUCCUCACCCCGAUCCGAGACGUCACGCGCCGAGCGUUUCACGACCUCCUUGGUGAGUUUCCUCCGCAACCAGAUGAGAGCGCAGGAGAUGGCGAAGAUGACGAGGAUAGCAGCCAGAAUGCCGAAGCAGUAGCCUGUCACCAGGCCGGAACCGUUGGUCUUGAUGUCGAGGAAAGAGUACGGAUACCAUCCUUCGUCGUGGUAUGUCAGAUAUGCGAGGGCGAGGUAUAGGAGG